AUGAGACUUAUAGAGGGAGGUAGCUUACCUGAAGAUGAGAAAUUAAAGUAUUUUUCACAAUGGCUAAUAAUCAAAAUUGGAGAAGGGUUGGGCGAUAAUUCAACUGAUAGUGAAUCUGAGGUUAUUAUUCUCGAAGAAAUACUCAUUGAUAAUAACACCAAUGGUUUUGCAAAAUUAGUAAGCUUUGUUUAUCCGGACUUAUUACUUAAUAUCAAUAAUUCUAUAUAUUUCAAGGAGCGCACAAUCCUUGCUCCAACACUUGAGGUUGUGCACGAUGUAAACAAUAUAAUGAUGGGUUAUCUUACUGGAGAAGAAAAGGUUUACAUUAGUUCCGACUCAUUAUACAUUGAAGAAGGAAACAUGGAAUCUGAAUUGGAUACCAUCACCACUAAUGUGUUGAACUCAAUUAAUUAUUCUGGAUUACCUACCCACCAAUUUAAACUCAAAAUAGGUGUACCUGUUAUGCUAUUACGAAACAUUGAUCAAUCUAAGGACCUUUACAAUGGAACUAAAUUGUAA